GCACAGAAGGCCUGAAGGAGCGACGCUCCCGGAAAUCGUCCCCAGGAGCGGAAGUGGAGAGUGCCCUCCUCAAGUGAGGAGAGGGAGUGAAGCGCAGCCUCCCUAGACUCUGGGGGCUGAGGUGGGCGUGAGCGAAGAUUUUAAUUUAAUUUGAAAAUGAGUAAGUGCAGAAAGCUACCACUGGGUUCAAGUCCUGCAACAUUCAGCCCAGAUGUUCUUGCUGAUAUUUUUGAACUCUUUGCCAAGAACUUUUCUUAUGGCAAGCCACUUAAUAAUGAGUGGCAGUUACCAGAUUCCAGUGAGAUUUUCACCUGUGACCACACGGAAUUCAAUGUGUUUCUUGAUUUGAAGAACUCCCUAAAUGAAGUGAAAAACCUACUGAGUGAUAAGAAAUUGGAUGAGUGGCAUGAGCACACGGCUUUCACUAAUAAAGCUGGGAAAAUAAUUUCUCAUGUGAGAAAAUCUGUGAAUGCUGAACUUUGUACUCAAGCAUGGUGUAAGUUUCAUGAAAUUUUGUGUAGCUUUCCACUUAUUCCACAGGAAGCUUUUCAGAAUGGAAAACUGAAUUCUCUACACCUUUGUGAAGCUCCUGGAGCUUUUAUAGCUAGUCUCAAUCACUACUUAAAAUCCCAUCGAUUCCCCUGUGAUUGGAGUUGGGUGGCUAAUACUUUGAAUCCAUACCAUGAAGCAAAUGACAAUCUUAAGAUGAUUAUGGAUGACCGACUUAUUGCAAAUACCUUGCAUUGCUGGUACUUUGGUCCAGAUAACACUGGCGAUAUCAUGACCCUGAAAUAUCUGACUGGACUUCAGAAUUUCAUAAGCAGCAUGGCUACCGUUCACUUGAUCACUGCAGAUGGAAGUUUUGAUUGCCAAGGAAACCCAGGUGAACAAGAAGCUUUAGUCUCUUCUUUGCAUUACUGUGAAGCUGUCACUGCUCUGUUGACUCUUGGAAGUGGUGGCUCUUUUGUUCUGAAGAUGUUUACUUUGUUUGAACAUUGUUCCAUAAACCUGAUGUACCUGCUAAACUGUUCUUUUGACAAAGUCCAUGUUUUCAAACCUGCUACCAGCAAGGCAGGAAACUCAGAAGUCUAUGUGGUAUGUCUCUACUAUAAGGGAAGAGAGGCAAUCUAUCCUCUUUUAUCUAAGAUGGUGCUGAAUUUUGGGCCUGAAAUGACCAGGAAAGCUCUCUUUCCCCAUCACAUGAUUCCCGAAUCUUUUCUUAAAAGACAUGAAGAAUGUUGUGUGUUCUUUCAUAAAUACCAGCUAGAGACUAUUUCUGAGAACAUUCGUCUGUUUGAGUGCAUGGGAGAAGGGGAACAAGCAAAGCUGAAUAGUUUAAGGGACUAUGCUGUUCAGUAUUUCAUGCAAAAGUUUCAAUUGAAGCCUCUUUCCAGAAAUAAUUGGCUAGUGAAAAAAUCUAAUAUUGGUUGUAGUACAAAUACAAAAUGGUUUGGGCAGAGGAACAGAUAUUUUAAAACCUACAAUGAAAGGAAAAUGCUGGAAACCCUUUCAUGGAAAGAUAAGGUGGCCAAAGGGUACUUUAAUAGUUGGACUGAAGAACAUGCUGCAUAUCAUCCUGGGCAAGGUUCUCUUUUAGAAGGGACAGCUUCCAAUCUUGAGUGUCACUUAUGGCAGAUUUUACAGGGAAAGAAACUGCCAAGGGUAAACUGUUCUCCUUUCUGUGAUGGUGAAAUUUUAAAGGCUCUUAAUGAAGCAAUUGAAAAGUCAUUGGGAGGAGCCUUGAAUUUGGAUUCCAAGUUCAGGCCAAAACAGCAGUAUUGUUGUUCUUGUCACAUUUUUUCUGAAGAAUUGGUAUUUUCUGAGUUGUUUAGCCUUACAAAAUGCCUUCAGGAUGAGCAGGAUGUAGAACCCAGCAACCAAGUAAAGUGCCUGCUUGUGGGUUUUCCAGCUCUCCAACAUGUCAAAAUACAUAUACCAUUGGAAGUUCAGCUCUUGGAAUCAGCUGAACUCAUGACUUUUAGCUGUUCAUUGCUUCAUGAUGGAGACCCAACUUACCAGCAGUUAUUUUUGGACUGCCUUCUACAUUCAUUGCAACAGCUUCAUACAGGAGAUAUUAUGAUUUUGCCUGUACUUUCUUGUUUUACAAGAUUUAUGGCUGGUUUGAUCUUUAUACUCCAGAGCUGUUUUAGAUUCAUCACGUUUUCUUGUCCCACAUCUUCCGAGCCCCUGAAGACUUGUGCAGUCUUGCUUUGUGUUGGUUAUCAAGACCUUCCAAACCCAGUUUUCCAGUAUCUGCAGAAUGUGAAUGAAUUGUUGAGCGCUUUGGUUAACUCUGAUGCACCCCAGCAGGUUUUACAGUUUGUGCCAAUGGAGGUGCUCCUUAAGGGCACACUACUUGAUUUUUUGUGGGAUUUGAAUGCUACCAUUGCUAAAAGGCAUUUGCAUUUGAUAAUUCAAGGAGAGAGAGAAGAAAUCAUCAGCAGCCUUCAGUUAUGAAGUUGAACUUGUCUUUUCUGAGAUUUAACUUCACGGCUUCUUGCAGUUUCCGUUGGUAUUGCAUCCCUUUGCCAUUAAUUUAAAACCUUUUAUUUUGAGGAAAGGCCAACUUUUGCAUCAUUUAAAGUUUCAUUUUUUCUGGAAAACCAUCAGCUAGUUCUGACCUCUAGGGUAUAUACACUCACAGACAUAGAGUUUUCUAUGUGGUAGAAUAUAUGCAGUGAUGAUAUUCAACCUCAAACAUGAGAAGUGUGUAUGAGCUUGGGGUGGACACACCCAUGCUUGCAUAUGCAGUUUAUGCAGUUGGUCUUAUUUAUCUGCUUAAGAUUUACACCUGUGUGCCUUCAUUCAGAUUAGAUUUUUUUCCAGCUAAUUUUCUCUCAGUGGCUAAUACUGUUAAUGAAUUGAUAGAGGUCUUUGAUGAAAGGAGGUGAGCCAGUACUCAGCAACACUAAUUUCCUUUAAUACUGACCGUGUCAGUUAUGGAUAUGUGGAAUUCAUCAUGCCAGACAUCUUAAUACAUGCCAUUCAUUGCCUUUAGGCCAUCGAUCCAGUUUACUUCUGUGGUUCAAAUGAAGCUACUGUGCUGUUUUAUAAAUAUUUUACUUAACCACAACCAUCCAACUAGAAAGGACAGCUUCGAACCAAAGAUCAUGUUUAAAAAAAAUGAAAAAUUAUUGUGUCUAAAACACUACUAUAUGAGUGAAAAGUUUCACUUAGCAAUGGUGUGUAAUUUUUAACUUCUGGGAAAUAAUCCGUGAACAAAAAGAUUUUUUUAAAUUGCAAAGUAAUGUUUACGGUCUCAUAAUGCGGACAUGUGAAUGUGAUGAAUGUAGUGAGUACUGAAGAGAAAUUUUAACACUUUCAGAAUGAUGGUAUAACAUUAUAAAUUUUUUAAUUUUCAUUAAUUCUUUUUUUCAGUAUGAAAGUAGCACUUUACCAGAAGAUUAACCAUGAGAUCGAUACUUUAUCAAUUACUUUUGAUUUCUUUUGAAUUAUAUAUAUUUGUCAGUAUAAAUGGGCUAUUCUGGCCAACUGAAUUAAGCAGAUCUUUGUUACUUUGAAAUUCUGCAAAGUGAAGAAAAUGUGUAUUGUCACAUGUGCAUUUUAGACAUUUUUGUUAGUUAUAUGAAAAGUAAAUGUAUUCUUUGAUGUAUUUGGUUAAGUAUUAAUCUGAAUUUUUUCAUGUUCUUUGCUAUUUUGAGUUCCAUUAUAGAUUUAUGAAUAAAGUCAUUAGCAGAGA